AUGACUUCCAAAAAGCAGCGGAAUGCUAAACGACCCACGCUUCUCUCUCGCACUCGCCCACCAACUAUACGAAAGAGCGCUCCAGCAUUAUCCUCAAAGGCAACCAGGAACCUCAUACGCUCCCAUCACACUCUCCUCAAACUUCACGCCCAAGCAUUGCGAUCCGGCGACAAAGCUCUAGCCGAUAAACUCGACGCGCAGAUUCAACAAAAUGGCGGGUUAGAGAGUUACCAGCUCGCAAGCAAAAUCGGACAAUCCCUGGAACGCGGGGGCGACUCGAGUAAAGUCCUCAUUGACUGGAUUAAUCCGCAACUGGGUGCUUUAAAGGACAGGCCCUUUAAGCUUCGGGUCCUGGAAGUUGGUGCCCUAAGCACUAAAAACGCCUGUUCUCAGAAUGAGGGUCUGGAUGUGACGAGAAUCGAUCUGAACUCGCAGGAGCCUGGGAUAUUGAAACAGGAUUUCAUGGAAAGGCGCCUUCCAUCUAGUGAUGACGACCGAUUUCACAUCAUCAGCCUCUCCUUGGUGCUGAAUUAUGUUCCCGACCCUGUCGGUCGAGGCGAGAUGCUGAAACGAUGUGUCACUUUUUUGACCAAGGCACCACUACUGCCCGACUCCUCUGUGUCUUUUAUGCCCAGCUUAUUCCUGGUGCUUCCCUUACCUUGCGUUUCCAAUUCGCGAUACCUUACAGAGCAGAGGCUACAUGAUAUCCUAUCCAGUCUUGGGUUUUCUCUUGUUGAAAGCAAGCAAACAACAAAAUUAAUAUUUCAGCUUUGGGAAUAUAGCGGCAAACGCGAACCCAAGCAGUUCAAGAAAGAGAUGCUAAAUCCCGGCAAAACGAGAAAUAAUUUUGCAAUAGUUAUAAAAAACGAUAAGGCAACAAAACAAUCAUGA